CGGCAGAGGGGCGGGAGCUGAGGCGGGAGCGGACCGGCUGGUGGGCGAGCGAGAGGCGGCGGAAUGGUGGACUACCACGCGGCGAACCAGUCGUACCAGUACGGCCCCAGCAGCGCGGGCAAUGGCGCUGGCGGCGGAGGUAGCAUGGGCGACUACAUGGCCCAGGAGGACGACUGGGACCGGGACCUGCUGUUGGACCCGGCCUGGGAGAAGCAGCAGCGCAAGACCUUCACAGCCUGGUGCAACUCCCACCUGCGCAAGGCCGGCACACAGAUCGAGAACAUCGACGAGGACUUCCGCGACGGGCUGAAGCUCAUGCUGCUGCUCGAGGUCAUUUCGGGUGAGGCUCCCGCGGACGCUGCCCCUGGCCGCAGGACGUGUGGGCGGCGGAGCGGCCUGGGGGGCCAGCAGGGGCCUGGUUCGGGCCGGUGGAGGGGCCGCUCCUGUGUCUGUCCCUCUCUGUCUGUGCCCCUCUUUAUUCUGCGCCCGUGUCUCUCAGGGGAGCGGUUACCCAAGCCGGAGCGGGGGAAGAUGAGAGUGCACAAGAUCAACAACGUGAACAAGGCCCUGGACUUCAUCGCCAGCAAAGGAGUCAAGCUGGUCUCCAUCGGGGCGGAAGAGAUCGUGGACGGCAACGCGAAGAUGACCCUGGGCAUGAUCUGGACCAUCAUCCUGAGGUUUGCCAUCCAGGACAUCUCUGUGGAAGAGACUUCUGCCAAGGAGGGGCUCCUUUUGUGGUGCCAGAGAAAGACGGCACCGUACAAGAACGUCAAUGUGCAGAACUUCCACAUCAGCUGGAAGGAUGGUCUCGCCUUCAAUGCCCUGAUCCACCGGCACAGACCAGAGCUGAUCGAGUAUGACAAGCUGAGAAAGGACGACCCUGUCACCAACCUGAAUAAUGCCUUUGAAGUGGCCGAGAAAUACCUCGACAUCCCCAAGAUGCUGGAUGCGGAAGACAUCGUGAACACGGCCCGGCCCGACGAGAAGGCCAUAAUGACCUAUGUGUCCAGCUUCUACCAUGCCUUUUCGGGAGCGCAGAAGGCUGAGACUGCCGCCAACCGGAUCUGCAAGGUGCUGGCUGUCAACCAGGAGAACGAGCACCUGAUGGAAGAUUAUGAGCGGCUGGCCAGCGACCUCCUGGAGUGGAUCCGGCGCACCAUCCCCUGGCUGGAGGAUCGCGUGCCCCAGAAGACGAUGCAGGAGAUGCAGCAGAAGCUGGAGGACUUCCGGGACUACCGGCGCGUGCACAAGCCGCCCAAGGUGCAGGAGAAGUGCCAGCUGGAGAUCAACUUCAACACGCUGCAGACCAAGCUGCGCCUCAGCAACCGGCCCGCCUUCAUGCCCUCCGAGGGCAGGAUGGUGUCGGACAUCAACAACGGCUGGCAGCACCUGGAGCAGGCCGAGAAGGGCUACGAGGAGUGGCUGCUGAACGAGAUCCGCAGGCUGGAGCGGCUCGACCACCUGGCGGAGAAGUUCCGGCAGAAGGCCUCCAUCCACGAGGCCUGGACCGACGGGAAGGAGGCCAUGCUGAGGCAGCGGGACUACGAGACAGCCACCCUGUCGGACAUCCGGGCUCUGAUCCGCAAGCACGAGGCCUUCGAGAGCGACCUGGCCGCACACCAGGACCGCGUGGAGCAGAUUGCGGCCAUUGCCCAGGAGCUCAACGAGCUGGAUUACUACGACUCCCACAACGUCAACACCCGGUGCCAGAAGAUCUGCGACCAGUGGGACGCCCUCGGCUCCCUGACCCACAGCCGCAGGGAGGCCCUGGAGAAAACGGAGAAGCAGCUGGAGACCAUCGACCAGCUGCACCUGGAGUACGCCAAGCGGGCCGCCCCCUUCAACAACUGGAUGGAGAGCGCCAUGGAGGACCUGCAGGACAUGUUCAUCGUCCACACCAUCGAGGAGAUCGAGGGCCUCAUCUCCGCCCACGACCAGUUCAAGUCCACCCUGCCGGAUGCCGACAGGGAGCGAGAGGCCAUCCUGGCCAUCCACAAGGAGGCCCAGAGGAUCGCCGAGAGCAACCACAUCAAGCUGUCGGGCAGCAACCCCUACACCACCGUCACCCCGCAGAUCAUCAACUCCAAGUGGGAGAAGGUGCAGCAGCUGGUGCCAAAGCGGGACCACGCGCUCCUGGAGGAGCAGAGCAAGCAGCAGUCCAACGAGCACCUGCGCCGCCAGUUCGCCAGCCAGGCCAAUGUCGUGGGGCCCUGGAUCCAGACCAAGAUGGAGGAGAUCGGGCGCAUCUCCAUCGAGAUGCACGGCACCCUGGAGGACCAGCUGAGCCACCUGAAGCAGUACGAGCGCAGCAUCGUGGACUACAAGCCCAACCUGGACCUGCUGGAGCAGCAGCACCAGCUCAUCCAGGAGGCGCUCAUCUUCGACAACAAGCACACCAACUACACCAUGGAGCACAUCCGCGUGGGCUGGGAGCAGCUGCUCACCACCAUCGCCCGCACCAUCAACGAGGUGGAGAACCAGAUCCUCACCCGCGAUGCCAAGGGCAUCAGCCAGGAGCAGAUGCAAGAGUUCCGGGCCUCCUUCAACCACUUCGACAAGGACCAUGGUGGGGCGCUGGGGCCUGAGGAGUUCAAGGCCUGCCUCAUCAGCCUGGGCUACGACGUGGAGAACGACCGGCAGGGCGACGCCGAGUUCAACCGCAUCAUGAGCGUGGUUGACCCCAACCACAGCGGCCUCGUGACCUUCCAAGCCUUCAUCGACUUCAUGUCCAGGGAGACCACGGACACGGACACGGCCGACCAGGUCAUCGCCUCCUUCAAGGUCCUGGCCGGGGACAAGAACUACAUCACCGCUGAGGAGCUGCGGAGGGAGCUGCCACCUGACCAGGCCGAGUACUGCAUUGCCCGCAUGGCGCCCUACCAGGGCCCCGACGCCGUGCCCGGCGCCCUCGACUACAAGUCCUUCUCCACAGCCCUGUACGGCGAGAGCGACCUGUGAGGGCCCCUGCAGAGAGACCCGGAUGAACCCCUCCUCAUGCCUCCGGGAGGGGCUGGGGCGCCCCUCCCGCUCCUCUGACUCUGUAUCUAUGCAAAGCACUCUGUCAGUUCUUCUGGGGGGUGGGGGUGGGCAGGGAGGGGCUGGGGCAGGCUCUCCUCUCUCUCUGGGUUGGCCGGAAGGGGCCUCCCUGCCCACCAGGGUGGGACAAGGGCGACUUUUGGGGUCAGCACCUGUGCUCUGGGAAGUACAUGUGAUGUGGUGGUGUGCUUUUUUACCCCACGUGGAGAGGGCAACAGGGCCCCUCUGCCCCUCCACACCCGAGCCAGAGCCCCACGUGCCUUGUCCCGGAGCUGCCCGCAGAGGGCGCCACAGCUACUCGAUGGGACCAGGGACCCUGGCCCCCCCAGCUCCCCUCCCCUGACUCACAGUUGCCAGGAGAAGAGGGGCUCCAGCCCCCUCCCUGCCAGAGCCGCCGGUGGGGACGCCGGGCUCGCUCUCCACCAGCCCUGGCCUUGCUUUGUCUGGACUCACGGCUCAGAUUUUCUAAGGACCAAAAAACACAACAAAAACCCGACAGACCUACAAAAUCUAAAAAUUUACAAAAAAAAAAAAAAACAAAAAACACAAAAGACAAAAAAAAAAAAACCUCUAAAAAAACCUUCAGAGAAUUACUAUUUACUUUAUUAACUUACGGAUUUAUUAUAUAAAUAUAUAUUCACCUAGCAGCGUAUCUCUGCCGCCUCUCUCGCGCUCGUAAUGAAGACAUAGCUGACUGGCUCCCCCCUCACCCCCCAAUUCUGUUGGCCGCCGGGCCCGGGUCCUUGGGGACCCUCCCGAGGCACAGGUGGGCUGCCGGCCUGGCUGCCUGGUAGUUGAUGGUUUUGUUCCCCCCACUUUAUUUUUUUGAGUUUAUUCUGAUUGGUUAUUUUUCUUCUUGGUUUCUGGAUAAACCACCCUCCUGGGGACAAGAUAAUAAACGUGUCCUAUUUUUAAUAAGGA